UUCCAUCAUCCCCUCGCCUUGGAUUUUCUUCUCUUCAAUCCGAGCGGAUGUCUUCGCAGUCGGGCCAUACCAUAUCUCCCCCGCCAGUCCCUGCGUCGAACGCGGCCUCUGGCGGUAGUGGUGUUCGUCGCCACCAUACAAUCUCGGCUUCAUCGCGUUCUAACAGAACGACCUCCAAAAUCGCAAUCUCCGAGCUCGAGGACCCGACUGAGCAAAUCUGGAACGAUGACGAGCUCGUGGAUCAGGAAUGGUCUGGCGGCAUUGGGGCGGUAGGCGAGAAGUCGUCGCUGCACAGACAGGCGUCCUUGCCGACGCGAUAUCAUCGUGUCCCUUACGGUAGUCAGCCAGGCUCGCAUACACCCAGGACCCUCAACAGUCUGUCUGCUAUUGCCGGACAUGAGGGCGAGGAAGAAGAAUGGGAGAGGGAGAUGCGCGGCUUGCGUGACGAAGAAGAGCACGGCCUCUCGACUUCUGACCAUGGACAUGUUGCGGACUCGUCGUCAUCGGCAGCUUCGCCUCUGUCUCCGCACUUCGGUACAGGGAUUUCUCAUGGCCCGUCACCACCUCCGGGAGGUUCUGCCGGCGUGCGUCGGCACCAAAGUCUCAACUAUCCCAAUACUACUCCUGGUGUCCGACAUCUGACCUCUGGCCUCAAACGUGCUGGCACAAUUCAGGCGGGCCCUAUGAAAAGCCAGACAAAGGGAGUGCCGUAUUCCGGUGCACAGAGUCCUAGCCCGACCAAUGCUGAAGAGGAAUACGACAACGACAGCACGCAUGCGGAGGAGGACUCGUACUUUGGACUGCCCACACAGCAAGGCCAAGGUCAGUAUCCUGGCAGUCCAAUCGGCAGAUCGUCGCCGUGGAACACCCCCGGCAACGAAUGGCGUACUCAGAUGGGCGGCAGCGGCACGUCGCAGUUUGGAAGCAACGGCGGCAACAUUGGAAUCGACGAUGUCUCGCGUGCGCUCUCUACGCUGGAGAUCAACCAGCAGUAUGGCGGUGCUUCUGGGGGUUUCCAGCAGGCUCCUGGCAUGCGCGGGAACAACAACAGUUCUUCCCGCAAGCUCCAGCUUGUCACGGACUUGGAUGCCCGAAAUGCGCAGAGCUCGGUACAGAGUGCCUCGGCAUAUCAGCAACAACAACAGCAGCAGCAGCAUCAACAGCAACAACAGCAACACACUGGUCGGGAGCGCGCCUUCACUGCAUCUGGCACCACUACCUGGGACCAGAAGGAGCGCAUCUUGGGCGGACGAGCGUCAAACCCGAGUCUCCACCAUUUGUACCAGAAGAACGGGGCUGGCGACAUCCCGAAUGUACCCCCUAUCCCCUCGCAGUAUCUAAACCAAGGGCAGGCACCAAGAAUGGGUGUCGCGUCCCCUCCCCUCGGCAGCCAAGCACACAGCCGUGCUCAGUCCCAGAGUGGUUCGCAGAGCGGCUCGUUGGAAGGAUUUAUCAGCUCUCCCAUUGAUGUCCCAACUUUGAUUGCGACGAAGGGCUAUAACCCUGUCGACUUCGAUACGCGGCCUCUAUUCGCGCGGUUCUUCGUCAUCAAGUCGUACACGGAGGAUGACGUCCACAAGUCGCUCAAGUACGAGAUCUGGAGCUCCACCGAUCCCGGAAACAAGAGGCUUGAUAAGGCCUUCAAGGAGAACGCCGGCAGGGGUCCGAUUUACCUGUUCUUCAGCGUGAACGCCAGUGGUCACUUCUGUGGCAUGGCGGAAAUGCUGACGCCGGUGGAUUAUACCCGGAGCAGCACUGUAUGGGCGUCGGAUAAGUGGAAGGGCGUUUUCAAAGUACGCUGGAUUUACGUCCGCGACAUUCCCAACGCCAACCUGAGGCAUAUCCGCCUCAACAAUACGCAGGAGCGCAAGCCAGUCACGAACUCGCGUGACACGCAAGAACUACUCCCUGAUGCAGGUCAGGAGAUGCUGCGUAUCUUCCACACCCAUCCGGCAAGGACGUCGCUGCUGCAAGACUUCGCCUUCUAUGAGCUACAAGCCAUGCAGAAGGUGCAGACUGUCCAAGUACCGGGUCAACCUCAAGGCCUUCCCCUUCCUCAGGGCGCCUCAUCGCCGACCCAAACUCCCAUGCCGAUGCAGUCGAACAAUCAGUCUCAACUCUCUUCUCCGGGCGCGUCAGGCCAGCAUCCAUUCGCGAUGUCGAACCCGACGGCCCUCGCAUAUGCCGCGCAGCACAUGGGCAUGCAGCAGAUGAACAUGAACAUGAUGGGAAUGAACCCGCUGAUGCAGAUGCAGAUGAACAUGGGCAACAUGGGCACGCCGUUCGCCAACCCGCACGCGAUGCAGAGCGUCAUGCGCCACCCGAGCCCCGGUCCCAUGCCCGUCGGCCAAAACUUCAUGGGGCUCGGCGGCAUGCCCGGGUUCUGAGUCGUCGCUCGCAGGACCGUCGCGCAAGGUGUAAGAAGAAUCUACGUCUGUUUUGAAUAUAGAAGAAACAAGCCCGACGCAAUAAGGAAAGUCGGCCUCAUUCCUUGCUCUUUAUCCGUUUCUCCUCCAACAUAUGAUAUCCACCCUCUGAUUGUCUGUCUGUUGUUUGUCGACCGCCAUCUUGUAUCACCAGAAGGUUCGGCACAGGUGCUUGCUCCUCCAUCUAUUCUUCCGCAGCCUACUGUCAUCAUAAUGAGUUGUUGAUUCGCGACACGAUCUCCCUCUCUUUAUUCCCUCUCCUACUUGAUUCAACAUUGCAACGUACAAAUGGGACGGUACAUACCAACGGACAUUGAUAGUCGAGUGUAUUUGUCCUGAUGCUCCCCAGUACUGACGUGCCUCUAUGCCUACGUGCAAUGUAGUCCUUAUUUGAAGACGUCUAACUUAGAUGGUUGUAACCAAUG